AUGUCUGAAUAUUAUGAUCAUUAUCAUCGUUGGGAACCACUUGCGGAAUUUCAUUUCAAUAUCGAUGGAGAGGAUGAUAUUUAUGAAGAUGAAAAUUAUGUUUACUGUCUUUGUAGUAGGGCAUUCAUUAGGGAUGGCGUUAAGACCUAUUAUGUAGAUAAAGAAGAUGCGAGUGAAAGUGACAUAGAAGUUUUACGUGAUUCACAGGAGCUAGAAGACCAUUCCCAUGUUCAUUUCUCUCUUGAUACUUCAUAUAAGGUUAAAUGUGAGAAGGAUGAAGGUGCUAGUUGUUAUUGCAGUGCAUCACACACAGAUAAUUAUUGCUCUACUGAUGAGCAUGAUGCUCAGUUACAUGGCAUCACAUCUAACGCUUUACAACCCAGUGACAGUGGUGCGGAUCUUACUUACCAAGACUGCCAAUCAGAUUACACUAACCAUGAAAAAAUAGAGAAAAUGGAUCAAGAUUUUGAAACUCAAGUUAGUGAAAUUACAGAGAAUUAUCUUUCAGAAGAUACAUGGGAUAGAUUCUGGGCCAUCAAUGGCGAGAGGAUUAUUUGGGCAUCUUGGAUUAAAAAGUAUAGUGAUUACAUCAACCCCUCAUAUUUGGAUGACAAUAGUGAUUUGUUUUUGGAUGAGAAUAGCAUACCAAAGCCACAGUCUGCUGAUUCUAUUUAUACAGAGCAGAAUAAGUCUCAGCAAGUUGAAGAAAUAGAUGAAAUAAUUAGAGAAAGAAAGUUCUCUUAUGAUUCUAAAGUCAACCCAUAUAAGAAAGGAAAGCCAGAAGAAGGAAUAGAAAAAAAUGACAAAUCGAAUUACUCAACUUACAGCAAAGAGGAGGUGUGGUUGCCUUUAAGCAGAAGACGUUCCUGUUCUGAACAUGAAAGGAUUGUAAGUCCUCGAACUUUUGUUGGCACAGACUCUAUGACUAAUGUUACUAAAAUGACUCUUUCAAGUCAUGAUGUUACAUCAAGUCAUGUCACUUCUGAAUCAACAUCCACAGAUGGUUAUAGUGUUUCUUCAUCCCCAUCUGAUGACCAAUCAAAUGAUCAAACUCGGAUUGCUAAUUUAAAUGUUGAUGGAAAUAUUGAUCAAGAAUCCGAAGAGAUGGAUACUGAACAAUAUUGGCAAUUUUUAUGGAAGAAACAUUUUGGGGAACAGUAUGCUUUACAUUAUGCCAAUUAUAUUGAGUGUCAUGAAGCUCAAUGUAAAAUGUAUGAUGAAACCACAACAAAUAUAGAUGUUGCGACAGAAAAGAGAGUAUUGGAAGUAGAAUAUGAAAACAGUGAUGGCAAUUCUCAAGAAAUGGUGUCAGUUAUUGAAGUUCAAGAGCAAGUGAAUAAAAUUAAGCUAGAGGACAAAGUCUGCAAACCUAAAAAACGAAGUAAGAAAAUAAGCAAUAGAUAUAUUGGUUCAGUUGGUGUUUUAUUACAGAAUCUACUCAAAGAACAACAAAAAGAACCUGAAAUAAAUGAGGUUGUGGACGAUGGUGAUAAUAAUGAUAACAAGGAUAAGGAAGUAAUUACAGAAAAUGUUGCAGACAAAAAUACUGAAAUAUGUAAUGCACAGCCACCUUUAAGUAACAGUAACAUUCAUAAUUAUAGUUAUGAUGAUGGUGAUGAUGAUCCUCCUGACGAAAAGCCGGUAUCAUUAAAAAGGAGCCAUGAAGUUGAUGAAGAAGAAGUGUCCUCCGAAAAAAUAAAAGCGACAUUUGAAAUAAUGGGCUUUUGCUUACACUCUGAUAAUAUGCCUAAAGGGCAACUAGUUUAUAGGAAAAGAUUGGGGAGACUCCGACCACCACGUUACAAGAAAUUUGGAGCACCGAAAAAGACUUACUUUGAUGAUGACGGGAAUCCUUGUGUGGAUGUGGGUCAUGAAUAUCAAGAAGAAAGAGAAAUGCAGACAGAUGAUGAAUGUCCAGAAGUUCAAUCAGACAAUGAGAAAAUUAUACAAGAACCAAUUCAUAAUGAUGCUACUGUAGAUGUACAUGAAAAUAGUUUUGAUGUGCAAGAUAAAGUUAUAGAUGAUAAAAAUUAUGUAGAAAAAGAUAUAGUAGAGGAAGCGGCUGCUGUUGCACUACCCCCAGAUUUGGAUAAUUCACUUAGCGAUAUACAGGAAAACAAUGAAAAUGAAACAAAAUAUGCUGAUGAAGUAAUAGAAAGUACAGUUACCCAACAAGCCGAUCAAACAAAACGUCGCCGGAGACAAAAACGUUACUCGAAAUUAGAAUUCUCAGGGGAAGAAAUUGAUACUUCAGAUAUGCCUGCAGAAUUACAAGGAGAGCCGAAAAUGUUGAAAUAUUGGAAGAAGAGACACUCAUUGUUUCAUAGGUUCGAUGAAGGUAUAAAACUGGAUCGCGAGAGUUGGUUCAGCGUUACUCCAGAGAAUGUCGCGUGGCAUAUCGCCAGCAAAUUCGCUUUCGAUACGGUUGUUGAUGCCUUCUGCGGAGCCGGGGGCAACACCAUACAAUUUGCACGCACUUGCAAGAAAGUUAUAGCAAUAGACAUUGACCCGUCUAAGAUAGAAAUGGCAAAGCACAACGCUUCGGUGUACGGUGUCGAGGAUCAAAUUGAAUUCAUGGUUGGAGAUUUCUUCGAGCUAGCGCCGGAACUAACAGCUGAUAUGGUGUUCCUAAGUCCGCCUUGGGGUGGCCCCGAUUACUCGGAGAACUCUCAAUAUGAUAUAGAAACAAUGCUCAUACCAAAACCUGCCUCCGAGUUAAUGAAGGUUGCGAGGUCUAUAACAUCCAAUAUCGCAUUGUACCUACCUAGGAACACGAGAUCCGAUCAGAUUUUGUCAUUGGCUCAAGAGGCAGGUGGUUCGGUGGAAGUUGAACAGAGUUAUCUCGACAAGAGAUUUGUUGCAAUAACAGCAUAUUUUUAUUGA